CACACACCACUGCACUGAAGCUGGAGCGCGACUUCGCAGAGCUGAUGGAUUUGAAGAGGGUGCUCUCCUUCCCUCCAUAUCCAGGGGACUACCUGCACCCAGUUGUGUAUGCGUGCACAGCAGUUAUGCUGCUCUGCCUGCUGAUAUCAAUAAUGACGUAUAUUAUACACCACAGCGUUAUCCGAAUCAGCAGGAAGGGAUGGCACAUGCUCCUGAACUUCCUCUUCCACACAGCCGUGACGUUCGGGGUGUUUGCAGGAGGCAUCAACCAGAUCAAGUACCCUGUCGUCUGCCAAGUGGUGAGGCUCCUCCUGCUCUAAUCACCCCGGCUCCAUGACUCAGUCAUCCCACUGC